UUUGGAAAUGGCUUGGUUUAAAUUUAUACAGGAAGUGGAAAAUUGUGCAUUGACUCAGCACAAAGAAAAAAAGAACAAAGAGGGAAAGACACCAGCACAGAUAUUUACUGAAACACACAAAGAUUUGAUAAAAGAUGGAGAGCAGUGGUUGAAAGACACAGCCAAUGCAUCCACAAUUGUAGCGGCUCUCAUUGCCACUGUGGUGUUUGCGGCUGCCAUUACAGUACCAGGUGGAAACAAUGGCGAUGGGUAUCCAGUUUUUUACAAACGAGCAUCCUUCUUAAUCUUCGGCAUAUCUGACGCAUUCGCUCUUUUCUCAUCCAUGACUUCUGUGCUGCUAUUCUUGUCCAUCCUCACUUCUCGCUACGGAGAAAAUGAUUUUCGGGUUAUCAUUCCUAGGAGAUUGAUUUUUGGUCUCAUAAGCCUAUUUCUCUCCAUAUUAUCCACCAUGAUAGCCUUUGGUGCCACACUUUAUCUUGUGUUUGGGUAUAGUUACAAGGCAUGGAUUAUCUUCCCUAUGCUUGUGUUGCCUGGUAUACCUGCAAUUUUGUUCGCGUUCCUGCAAUUUCCUCUCCUUGUAGACAUGUUCAAAUCCACCUAUUGUACCAUUUUUGUUAAGCAAAAUGCUUAUAUGCUCUACUAG